AUCGAAACGCCAAAAAAUAUUAUUCUUCCGUUAGUUGCCAGUAAAAAAUUGAUAUUGAAAGUUUGUGUAAAAAGCCAUUAUUUAGUGUAAAACUUUAAUUAUAAAAAAAAUAAAAAUAUAACAUAAUGGAUAUGCAUAUGGAUGACGGUUUGCCAACAGGAGCAAUUAUAUCAAUUGUUUUCGGUGCUCUUAUUGCAACCGCAAUUGUUGUCUUUUGGAUUAUUUUAAUUGUUUGGUGCUGUUUGAAACGUAAAAAUGUCUAUAAUCAAACGACAGUGUCACAUUCAACACCUGUGGUUGUAACAUCUGCUACUCAUACAGCACCUGGUGGUUAUCCCGUUACACAAAUGCCAGUAGGGGCUACAACAACAGCGUAUCCAUCACAAGCCUAUGCUGCGCCCUACCCUCCUCAGGGAGCUCCUACACAAAUGCCCAUGCCAAUGCCUAUGCCUGCAGGUCAACCUCCAGUUGGUAUGCAACCUCAUUUACCACCAUAUCCAGCGACUAAUAUGAAUCCACCUCCCUAUGAUGUGGCUGUUAAUUGUGCCGGUGCUGGGCAAGUUAACAAUACUGGUUACCAAAAACAAGCACCCUACAAUCCCAACUAUCCAAUGUAAACAAAUGUUUUCCAACAUUUCAUUUUUCCAUACAAACUAGAGAUACAACCAACGACUUUCAAAAAACAGAAUGAGGGAACUUUAUUUAAAGACUUGUUAGAGAAAUAGCAAAAAUAGAAGUUGCCAUAACAAGUAACAAAUAAAUAAUUAAAAAAUUAAUUAUCUUAUAUAGAUAUGUAAAUUUAUUGAAAAUUUUAUUAGACAAUAUGUAAUUGCUUAAAAGCUAUUGUUUAAAUCUUUUUUAUAAAAUUUGUAUUCACUAAAACACAAAACAUUUUUACAAACAGUCAAACAAAGAAUGUCGUCUAUUCCAUGUUACAAAAAAAAAAAAGUUUUACCAAGUAUUCCAAAAAAUAUUAAAUUAAAAUAGAACAUAAUUUAUAAUUUUAUUAUCCUAAAUGUUUAUGUAAUUUUUAAUAAAAGUUUAUUAGCUUUCA